AUGCCAGGAAGCAAUUGCACCCAAGCAAAUGAGUUCAGCUUGGCAGGAUUCACCGAGGACCUGGCAACUCAGGUCACCCUCUUCCUGCUGUUCCUGCUCACCUACCUUGUCACCAUCCUGGGGAACUUGGGGAUGAUCACCUUGAUCAGAGCCAGUCCCCUGCUCCAUUCCCCCAUGUAUUAUUUCCUGGGCAACCUGGCUUUUGUGAACCUCUGCACUUCCACCAUCAUCACCCCCAGGAUGUUGGCUGGGGUUUUGUUGGGGACCAAGGGAAUCACCUAUGCUGGGUGCAUGGCUCAGAUAUUCACUUUUGGCCUGUUUCUGGUCACUGAGUGUUUCCUACUGGCUACAAUGGCCUAUGACCGAUACGUGGCCAUUUGCCACCCCCUGCUCUACCCCCUUGUCAUGUCCCCAGAGCGCUGCUCCCGCCUGGUGACCGGCUCCUACCUCCUGGGGCUGACCAACGGCGUGGGACAAACCAUUGGCAUGUCCAGCUUGUUCUUCUGCAGCUCCAGCACCAUCGAUCUGUUCUUCUGUGACAUUUCCAUGCUGAUCUCGCUCUCCACCUCUGACACCACCCUCAGCCUCAUCAUCCUAAGGACUUUUUCAUCUUUGCUCGGUGUUCCCAGCAUGCUGGUGGUCCUGGUGUCCUAUGUGGCCAUCAUCUCCAGCAUCCUGAGCAUCAGCUCAGCUGAGGGCAAGCGCAAAGCCUUCUCCACCUGUGCCUCCCACCUCACUGCCCUCAGCACCUUCUAUGGGGCACUGAUUUUCAUGUACUUAAUCCCCAGGUCAGACACCUCCAGGGGAGGAGAUAAAUGGGCUGCUGUGCUCUACACUGUGGUGACCCCCAUGCUGAACCCCUUGAUCUACAGCCUGAGGAACCAGGAGGUGAAGGAGGCUUGGAGGAGACUCAGGAAAAUAAAAUGA